AUGGACAUCAACACCAAUCUUGUAAGUGCUGCUAUUCAAGUGUGCAAAAUGAAAUCUGCUGGAAUGGCAUAUGAAACGAUGGUAGGUUUCUUGUCAUCCUGUGGUGCAGAUGUGGGAAAUAUUGGGCAUGGACGGUAAGAUUUAAAACAUUGUUUUUAAUUUUGCAAAAGUUUAAUGAGUAAUAUAACUUUAGUUUCUGGAAUCUGGAUCAGACAGACAAUCUAUUUAUUUAUUAAUUCAUCUAAAAACAGAUGAUGUUUUUAUGUAGCUUUAUGCCUCCACCUAAUUUGCAGGAACCAGUUUCCAGAGAUUAUCUUGGCUGCUUAUCAUUAUGCUUUAACUCAAACGAAUAAUUAUCUGAAAGAGCCAUUGGAAUCAACUGGUCUUCGUCCACACAUAUCUCUGGCAGUCGAUAAGUCUACUCCCCACAGAGAUACCAACCAUGCAGUUAUGAUCCUGUUACCUUUCAAAGGAAAGCAAGCUGCAGUGCCCAUAGAUGCUCCAAUAGUAUAUUCAGUCGCAGAAAGAACAGCUGACAUUGAGGGGGGAGAUGGUGAAGACCUAGCCAAACAAGUGACAGAUGUCCUGAAGAAGAAGCUGGAUUUUGAUGAAAACGACAUGCAUUAUGUGAGAGGUACAGUAUGCCACCUGUAGUAAAUAAACAUACAGUAAGCCUUAGUGGUAAUGAAUUGGGUGUCUGUGAAAAGUAGUCUUGAAUACACAUCAUACUGUAGAAAAAAAUGUUUGAACCUGAAACGUUUUUUUGUGAGUGUUUGCCUUCAAAAUUUGUCACUUCAAUUCAAUUUUUUUCACUUUUCUGUAUGUACUGUAGCUGUUCAUGCUGACGGGCAGUACCAGUCGAGUACGUUCCAAAAUGGACUUCUUUUUCCUAACUCCAUGGGACGUAUCUCACUGGAUGGAUCUAGCGAUGGUCGAUUUACGUGAAAAGGAUAUCUCGUCCUCUUUUAUGAAGCGCCUAAUAAAGAGAGCUAACAAGUUCCACACAAUGUUUCAUCGUGGUCGUGGUCAUGUGGAAUACAAAGGACUGGCAUGAUCUUUGGGUUUAAAAGCACUCGAGACUGUCACAUUUUCGACAACCCGUUUUUUUAGUUCCUCCUAUGAGCAGUGGGAGAAGAUUUACAUCAGUUUCGUAGCCUUAAUGAAAAGUUUUAUGGCAUAUCGAGAGGACAAAGAUGACGAAGAAGAAGAAGAAACAAAGUACCAGGUUACAAAAUGCAUUUAUUAAAUUUAGAUAGAUUAUAAUAUAAAAACACGCGAUGGUUUAAAAUUGUGAAACGCGAUAUAUAAUUAAUAAGCCAUUAGAGCAAUACUUGAAUACGUGUAUGCAUUUUGAAGAUGUAAAAUUUAUGUAUAUUCUUGCAAUCUCGUUUUAGGUACGUGGGCAAGACUUCGUUAUCGACUUGUGUGGAAUGCUUGAUAUCCUGAAGCAUGUGGUUUCUUUGAUGAUACGAAGCCAAGCCAUCAAUGUAGCACCUUGGAAAAUUAUUGCAUGGUACACUCGACUAAAUGACGUUUUAGAGAAAUGUGAAGACAAUUUGAAGGACGUCGAGGCAGGAGAUAUGCUAUCGAAAGAUUUAUUUCCGAAGCUAUCAAAGCAUUGGAAGGAGCUGGUUCCCAACAAGGAUGCCGAAGAAAAUGGCGAUGACGAGGACGAUGAAGUAGACCCGGGUACUUUCCAGGUACUAUUACUACACUAUCCUUAUUACAAAAUAUAAAUAAGUAAUGACUAAUGAUUACUGUAUAUUGGAGGGAUUCUACAGUGUAGUGGCGAUUGUGGAGGGAUUCUACAGUGUAGUGGCUGCGCACAAGAAAAACGGAGACCAAGGAAACACCACCUUAGUACAGAGAGCUGGCCCUAAAACAAUGAGAAAAAUAGCUUCUCUCUAUACUGAUGGGGACAAAAGCCAUGGUCUAUCAAAACACCGCUUGCCUUUAUUCGUUGAUGCUCGGGAACGAGCAGCAAGAAGGCAUAGCACAAGUAAAGUCGUCGACCGACUAAGAAGGGAGAGUGUCAGAUGUCCCCAUGUAGUUGUUCAGGAUGAAAUAUGA